UCCGCCUCCGACUUGGCCCCAGAGGAGGAGGCAGGAGGGGCUGGCACACCCGUGAUCACGGAGAUUUUCAGCCUGGGUGGAACCCGCCUCCGGGACACAGCGGUCUGGUUGCCAAGAGGAAGGGAGCGAGGUCGCUGGAGGCAUGGCGAAGGGCGGGGUGAGGACUGCGCAGACUCAGCUCCUCGGCUCCGGGAGGAAGUUGGGAGCACCGGCGUCUAUGGUCACCAUGGUGAUGGGACCGACUUCGGCCCCUCCCACCUGCCCCUCACCCUGCUGGGCGCACCAUGGCAACCAGACCUCUGCACUGCGGAAGCGGGUCCCGCAGGUCUUCGCCGUUGGGAUACCGCGGGGGACGCCGCCCCCCAUCCCGAGGGACUCGAAAAUGUACAGCCAGCGAUUUGGCAUCGUACCGCGGGAGGUUAAGGGCCCCACUCCCAAAGUGGUGAUCGUGAGAGCCAAGCCUCCCAAAGUUCACGGGGCCGAGCAACACCUGGAAAGAAUCCAACGCAGCCAUCAGAAACAUCAUGCUAUUUUGGCUUCUAUUAAGUCAAAGGAGAGAGAUCGCUUGAAAGUUGAGUGGGACCAGCACAAUGAUCACAAGUUUGUGGACAAUCUUGUGAAAGCAAGAAUCAAGGAUGCCAUGCAAGGUUUCAUCAUCAACACUGAGGAAAGACGAAAUAAGCUACGUGAACUUUUAGCAUCAGAAGAAAGUGGGUAUUUAACUGAAAUGCAGUUGAAAGAAGAAACAAUUAAGGAGAAAAAAGAUAGAAUGAGAGAUAAAACCAGAUUAUUGAAAGAGAAGAAAGAAAAAGAGAGACAAGAUCUUGUGGCUGAAAAACUAGACCAGCAAUUCAGAGAACGGUGUGAGGAGCUCCGUGCUGAAUUGUUUUGUAUCCAUGAGAAGAAGGUGAGCGAGGAGCGGAAAGCACAGGUAGCUUUCAAUGAAGAGCUGAAAAGGCAAAAACGGGUGGAAGAGCAGAUGUUCUCAAAGCUCUGGGAGGAAGACCGAUUAACCAAGGAAAAGCGAGAAGCUGAAGAGGCGAGGAGGCAGAAAAAGCUGGUGGAGAACACACGCCUGGGCCUUAAUGCCCAGAUCACGAGCAUCAAAGCGCAGAGGCAGGCCGAGCAGCAGCUGAAGGAAGAGGAGGCACGCUUUGUGGAAAAUGACAAGGCACAGGUGAAACUCGAGAAUGAACAGGAUAAGCUAAAGAAACAAAAGGCAAAACAGGAAAUUAGGGCUGCUUUGCAGAAAGCCCUCCAAGAGAAGAUAGAACAUAUUCAGCAGGAAUAUAGAGAAGAACAGGAUUUGGACAUGAAGCUUGUGCAAAGGGCCCUUCAAGACUUACAGGAAGAUGCUGAUAAAAAGAAGCAAAAAAGAGAAGAGAUGGCAAGAGAACAGGAGAUAUAUCUUCAGUAUGUGGCACAGCGGCGUGAGGAGGAGAGAGCUCAGGAGAAAGAACUGGACAGAAUAUUAGAGGCAGAGAAGGAAAAGAAGUUGGCGGAGAAGGACAAGGAGCUGAGACUUGAAAAGGAGGCAAGGAGACAACUUGUGAAUGAGGUCAUGUGUACAAGAAAACUUCAAGUUCAGGAAAAAUUACAACGAAAGGCAAAAGAACAGGAAGAACGUGCUAUGGAACAGGAACGCAUAAAUGAAGGUCUGAAAGAGCUCAACCUUGAAGAGAAGGAGAAUUUUGCAAGGCGCUCCAGUUUGGCCCAGGAGUACAGAAAGCAGCUUCAGAUGCAAAUGUCCUACCAGCAGCAGGCCCGGGAAGCACAGAAGGAGGAGGAACGCCGAGAGUUUGAAGCAGGGGUAGCAGCAAACAAGAUUUGCCAAGACAAGAUCAGGGAGAUCCUGUCCUUCCAUCAAGUGCGGCCCCGAAACAUUCAUCCCAUGCGGAGGGCAUGCCCUGAGAAGCUCCCACCAUAGUUUCAUAGACAUUAAUAUAUUUUUUCACAGUCUUUUCAUGUCUUUAACUACAGUAUACUGGUCUGUUCUUUUCAACUCAUGGAUAAACUUCCUUUAUUUCUCUGAGUUUUCAUAAUUCUACAUAAUGUUAUUCCUUCAAAUUAAACUUCGUGCCUUUUUUUAGACUUCAUAGACUUACA